CCUCCCGCUAAUCUACUGGCGGCGCGGAGAAGUUCUGGGCAAAGUACUGGGAACCGGCUGCGCGUCCGCAGCGCCGGCAAUCCUGGCAUCGCCGGGGACCCCAGCGCACGGCGGCCAGUACGCGGCGCGAACUCCGGCCCCGCUGUCCAUCCGCUAGUGGCCGUCCCCGCCGCCGUCUAUUGCUGCUGGCACGGGAACUGUCAGCUGCGCGUUGCAGGGGGACCGGAGAAGCCGGCUUUGCCUCCUCCCGGGUCUGCGGGCGAAGCCGGGAGACGGGCACCGGAGAACUAGGCGGAGUCCCCGACGGCGGAGCGUGCAGCUUUCCUGCGGGCCAGAUGGUAACUACUGGACAGCUUUGUGGAACCGUUUCUAGGACCUCGUCACUUUUGCAGGACCACUCUUAAAAGCCUUCUCACGUUCACUCCCCACUCUGUGAAAAGGCACCUGGCUGGUGGAGAGUGGAUUUUGAUGCCUUCUGAAGAUAGUAGCAAGUGAGAUUUCCUCCGGGUCAUCCAAAAUGCUGUUAAAACAUAUUGGAUAAGAACUGAGCCACCUGCCUGUGUGGGACUUCCAUACUCUCCUGUAUUGUCUUCGGAUGGCAUUUUGAUUUGCAUCGGGGCCAAGUGACCUGCUGUUCAGGAUGAGUGAUGAGAAGAACCUUGGGGUGUCUCAAAAACUGGUCUCACCUUCAAGGAGCACCAGUAGCUGCUCCUCCAAGCAGGGAAGUCGACAGGACAGCUGGGAGGUGGUGGAAGGGCUGAGAGGAGAGAUGAGUUACACCCAGGAGCCGCCCAUGCAGAAAGGAUUCUUGCUGAAAAAGAGGAAAUGGCCCUUGAAAGGCUGGCACAAGAGAUUUUUCUAUCUGGACAAAGGAAUCUUGAAAUAUGCCAAGAGCCAAACCGAUAUAGAGAGAGAGAAGCUUCAUGGCUGCAUUGACGUUGGGCUCUCAGUGAUGUCUGUGAAGAAGUCAUCAAAAUGCAUAGAUCUGGAUACCGAAGAGCACAUCUACCAUCUGAAGGUAAAGUCAGAAGAAAUCUUUGAUGAGUGGGUAUCUAAACUCCGCCACCACAGAAUGUAUCGUCAGAAUGAAAUCGCCAUGUUUCCACAUGACGUUAAUCACUAUUUCCAAGGAUCCACGGUCACAGACUCUGCGUCUGGUGUCUUAGACUCCAUUUCAAGUAGGAAGCGUAGCAGUAUAUCAAAGCAGAAUUCAAUUCAAACUGGAAGCAAUUUAUCAUUUUCUUGUGGUGGUGAGACCCGUGUUCCAAUAUGGUUACAGUCUUCAGAGGACAUGGAAAAGUGCUCGAAAGACCUGGCACACUGUCAUGCCUACCUGGUGGAAAUGAGCCAGCUCCUACAAAGUAUGGACGUCCUGCAUCGGACCUAUUCGGCGCCAGCUAUCAACGCCAUCCAGGGUGGAGCUUUUGAGAGUCCUAAAAAGGAAAAAAGAUCACACAGGAGGUGGCGGUCCAGAGCUAUUGGCAAAGAUGCUAAAGGAACACUGCAGGUCCCUAAACCUUUUCCUGGCCCAGUAAGACUACAUUCCUCCAACCCUAAUUUGUCAACAUUAGAUUUUGGAGAAGAGAAAAAUUAUUCUGAUGGCUCUGAAACCUCAUCAGAGUUUUCUAAAAUGCAAGAAGAACUGUGUCAUAUUGCUCAUAAAGUUUACUUCACUUUAAGGUCAGCUUUUAAUACCAUAUCAACGGAGAGAGAAAAACUCAAGCAGCUGAUGGAACAGGACGUCUCCUCCUCCCCCUCGGCCCAGGUCAUUGGUCUGAAGCACGCCCUGUCAUCUGCCCUAGCACAAAACACAGACCUUAAAGAACGCUUAUGCAGAAUCCAUGCUGAGUCUCUGCUCCUCGAUUCCCCUGCUGCUGCCAAGUCGGGUGACAGUCUGGCAGAGGAAAACUCCAGAGAUGACAACCGAGCUCUGGUCCAUCAGCUUUCCAAUGAAAGUAGACUCUCCAUCACUGACUCCCUUUCAGAGUUUUUUGAUGCACAGGAAGUUCUGUUAUCUCCAAGCUCUUCAGAAAAUGAGAUUUCUGAGGAUGACUCCUAUGUCAGUGACAUAAGUGAUAACCUUUCCUUAGACAAUCUCAGUAAUGAUUUAGAUAAUGAGAGACAGACCUUGGGGCCUGUGCUUGAAAGCGGUGGGGACGCAAAGUCCAAAAGAAGAAGUUGCUUGCCAGCCCCGUGUCCCAACGCCAGUAACAUCAGCCUGUGGAACAUCCUGAGGAACAACAUAGGGAAGGACCUGUCCAAGGUGGCCAUGCCGGUGGAGCUGAACGAGCCGCUGAACACCCUGCAGCGGCUCUGCGAGGAGCUGGAGUACAGCGAGCUUCUGGACAAGGCCGCACAAGUCCCCAGCGCCUUGGAAAGGAUGGUGUACGUGGCAGCCUUUGCUGUAUCAGCAUAUGCAUCUAGCUAUUUCCGAGCUGGGAGCAAGCCCUUCAAUCCUGUUCUUGGAGAAACCUAUGAGUGUAUCCGCGAGGACAAAGGCUUCCAGUUUUUCUCAGAGCAGGUCAGCCACCAUCCACCUAUCUCUGCAUGUCACGCUGAGUCUGGAAAUUUUGUUUUCUGGCAAGAUGUGAGAUGGAAAAACAAAUUCUGGGGCAAAUCCAUGGAAAUUGUCCCCAUUGGCACCACCCACGUGACUCUGCCAGCCUUUGGAGAUCAUUUUGAGUGGAACAAAGUGACCUCUUGCAUCCAUAACAUCUUAAGUGGGCAGAGAUGGAUUGAGCACUAUGGGGAGAUUGUCAUCAAGAACCUGAAUGAUGACUCCUGCCACUGCAAAGUGAAUUUCAUAAAGGCAAAAUACUGGAGCACUAAUGCCCGUGAGAUUGAAGGUACGGUAUUUGACAAGAAUGGAAAAGCCGUGCAUCGGCUCUUCGGGAAAUGGCACGAAAGCAUCUACUGUGGGGGCUCCUCCUCGUCCACUUGUGUCUGGAGAGCAAAUCCCAUGCCAAAAGGCUAUGAGCAAUAUUAUGGCUUCACACAGUUUGCCCUAGAAUUAAAUGAAAUGGAUCCAUUGUCAAAGUCUUUAUUACCACCUACUGACACUCGAUUUAGACCAGACCAAAGGUUCCUAGAAGAAGGGAACUUGGAAGAAGCUGAAAUACAAAAGCAGAGGAUUGAACAGCUACAGAGAGAAAGGCGACGGGUCUUAGAAGAAAAUAAUGUGGAACACCAGCCGCGGUUUUUCAGGAAAUCCAAUGAUGACUGUUGGGUGAGCAAUGGCACCUAUUUGGAACUUAGAAAAGAUCUUGGUUUUUCCAAACUGGACCAUCCUGUCUUGUGGUGAAAAAGGAAAGAAGAAUGAUACACCUGUACUUCUGUGUUUGCUUUCUGAAGCCACAAACCUGUGUCUAUAUAUUUAAAAGAAAUUAUCUAGAAUGAUUACCUGUGCUUAGCUUAGCAUUGUAUUUAAGUAUGUAUUUUCUUCAGUAGUUUCCUUUAUAAUUUCAAAUGUUAUCACAAUUGUUUAUAUGAAUGUAGAACACCUUGAUAUUUCAUUUUAUAUAUAAGCUAUUUAAUAAAAAUGAAAGACUGAAUGUUAAUGUGUGGGUUAAAAAAGAAGCUUUAACACUAAUUUUCCAAAGGUUAGGAAAAUUCAAAUUAAAUUCAUGCCUUAUAAAAUUAUGUUGGAGAAAAAAAAUUAUCUCUCCCAGGUGCAUUAAGAACUAAGAAUACCCAGGGUUACUCACUCAUGCGUAAGCUACCCAAGUUUAAUUUGGUAGCUCAGAUAUCUUUUUGCCUCCGACAGCUCUUGAAUUGCUCAUCCAGAACAAUUCUGCUGGUGCUGGAGUCCGAAGAAUACUUCCAUUUUGGUGGUUGGGAGGCUGGUAGGAGAUUAGUAGGAUGUACGUUUUUAUAUGACAUAGAUAUGGCACCCUCCUGAAGAGGAAAAGCAUUUUAGCUCAUCCCUCCCUAGAGUUCUUAUUGCCUUAUGUGCAAAACUGUACCCUGUUACUCAGAGAAAUUGUCAAUCUGAGAAAUGCCCAUUUGUUAAACACUGUAAUGGCAUCCCAGAGACACAGUAGGAAAUCUCCCCUUAGUGAGAACCAAAUUCUUGACAAGAAACUGUUUUCUGCUUCCCCCCAGCCCCACCCCUAGAUUCCCCACUCCCUACUUUUCUGUUGAGUAUGGAAUGUUCCAGUUUAGCGUAAAACAUACGGUGCAUUCCACACAGCAGUUUGACUUUCUAAAAGUUUAGCAAAAUAACUGAUUGUUUUCAAGAACUCAACAGUUUUUUCUUAAAUACUGUUUUGGUAUUUUCUACCUCUUAAUAACACCAUAUUUUAGAUCUUGUAUAAGAAGUUUGACCAUCUGCCUUAUAGACAAAUGUAGAGAAUUGAUGUUCUUCCUUUGUGUUGUGUUCUGAUGAAGCUUUGUCUUAUCUCUUUCCUACACUUUCUUCUUACUCAUUUCCCUCUUUUGUGAGUCUUGCAGCAGUCUUGAAUAAUACGGAUUAUAACUCCUGAAAGGGGAAACUUUGUCUUUUUAAAUAUGUUAUUUUAAAGUACAAUAAUAGAAUCUGUGCAGUAGCUGAAGUGUGUUAUCAAAGUAGUUCCAACUUCUGCCCAGAUUACAUUAAAACCAAAGCGUAAUUUUUAAGUCUUUGACUCUAUUGUCCAUAACAGUCCUAUGGAAUAUCAAGUAUAAUGGUGUGUUAAACAGUUUUCGCCAGAAAACACUUACAGAUAUUUAAAUAAUUUCAGAGCAUGUAGGAUUCCAGGAAUGAAAAGUAGAAUAAGUAUCGGGAAAAAAAGAACACAUGAUUUUUUUCAGUUUACACCAAAUAAUCAACUAGUUGGACAGUAUUGCACUUUCAAAAUGUAGAGUUACUGAAAGUGAGUCAUGGCCUUUUGGAAUUUGCAAAUGAUUAGCAUUUUAAAACAACAAAUGAUUCCUUAAAUAUUACAUUCAUUCAUUCCAUUUUAUCAAAAAGUCAAGAUGAACACAAUGUGAAUGUCAUUUCCAUUUCUAAGCAGUUAAAGGACACAAUCAGAUUCUUUGGUACGUGCUUUGUUCUUUUCUUUUCAAGCAUAUAUCCAAAGUCUGCUCGCAGAGAGGAAGAAGCAGGCUGUAGAUGUAAGGAUACUCUAGGGGAAAACAAACCUAGUUUUCACCAUGUGAAGGAAAAUGUGGACUUUUAGCCAUAUCGACUAUGAAAUGGGCCUCCUCCAGAGGCUGGCUCAAAAAAGAAGCAACAACAACAAAACCAAGAUGGGCAGCCUGAAUGGGUGUAGCAUUGUUAUAUAGUAUUUGGAAAUUUUUUAAUUGUCCCCGUGCUGUUAUUUCAAUUGAUUUUAGGCUUUAUAUUGGAGUCACAAAGAUAAAUGGACCAAAUAUCACCUCUGUAGUCCUCUUAUUUGAGAUGGAAACAGAGGUGAAUUAGAAUAUAGUACAGAACUAUAUGCAAAUUUAAAAAGCUACUAGUACCAGCAUCUGUAAAGGGCUUUUCUAAAAUUUAAACAGCUUAGUGAGUCAUACUGUUACAAUCUUAAAAGUACCUUGAGGGGGAAAUAGCUUCUUUUUUCCUUUAGUCCCUAUUCUCAAAAGCACCUUCCCAUGCCAUUUGUAGCUCAAGGGUAUUUCAUAUUUUUAAGAUAAAGAAAACAAACGUGGCAUUCUUUGGGAAGAAUUGAAGUAGAAUCUGACUUUCUGAACUUUGAAAAUCCCAAUUAAACAAUUGCAGUCACUGCACCAUCUAAGAUAUGCUGUAACCAACCUCCAUUUUAUUCCUGAUGAUUCUAUCCCAAAUCCAUGGGGAAUUACACAGAUACUCUUGGGAAUGGGACUUUGCACCGUCAACCACAUUGUACUUCAGAAGUUCCUAUGGCCACUAUCGAUUACCCCAAGUUACAGGUGAUUCAUUCAGGAAGAAACCAGCACUCUCCAGUGUAUCCAGACAGCACAUGGCUUCCCUCUGCUGACGCCAAAGCACAGUCUGGUAUUUCCCGAGUCAAAUGUAAUAAUCAGAAUCACAAGGCGGCUCUCCAUGCCAUUCGCCUCCCAAAAGUCAGGCCAGUUCUGGUACUAAUUUAACCAGAGUUCGCUUUAGGACAACAGUCCAGUUAUCUAUCAAGGAAAGUACCCCAAUAGCCCACAAUCUUUGUUUGCUUCCCGUGGGGCUCUCUGGAAGAGAAAAACAAACCUCAAAAAUACUUGAUUGUUUAUUUGAGCUGCUGCCUUUCUCACAUUCUGCUUAUAAUUACCAUCAGUAAAUCAUUUACUUGAACUUCAAGUAUUGUCCCUCAUCCGUAUUUUCCAGAUUUAUGAUGAGUGGUCUUGUUCGACCAUUAACAGUGUCAACCCUAAAAGAAAAACCAUAAAGUUUUUAUUUCACUGUUGAAUUUUGUUGUAGGCUUACUAACAUAUUCCAGAAGUUCUAUCAUGCCCUCAAACUAUCGUAUAAUUUUCUCAGACCUUUUUUUUAAAGUUAUGAGUAGGAGCAAUAAAGUUGUUCUUGUGAUGUUAGGAAUAAUAGUUCCAAUGUAUUGGCAUAAUUUAUUUGAAUGUCUUUAAUUUUGAUAUUAACAUCAGCAUAAAUCUAUUUUUGCUACCAGAUGAUAGCUAUUUUCAUGUGCUCAACUUCCCUCUGCAUAUAUGAAUCUGUUAUUCGGUGUUAGUCUUUAUUUCCCUGUGUUGGAAAUAUGUAUCACGUAAGUAUCUGUAAAUCAUGACAGAAAAUGCAAACCACUUCCUGAGACUUCUGUUUGGGUUAUGCAAUGAUAAAAAGUUGCUAAUUUAUUUUACUCAUGAUGGUUUUAUCUUCCUCUGUUACCCUCAGAGGAUACUUACAAAAAAAAAAAAAAAAAAAAGGAUGUCUGUAAAUCUUCUAUCUAGCUGUGUAUAAGAUUAUUUUCUGUUUAAAUCCCACCCUUCCACCCAUACCUCAUUAUCUCCACAAAGCUCCUACUAAUUUGUUUGUCCCCCUCAUGUAGCUAGUUGACUGGGAAUAAACAACAUGGAAAAAGGCCAA